CCCGCGCGCCGUGGCGGCCAGCAGGCCACAGGCAGGAUGGCUGGUGCUGAGAGGAGCCGGCGGGAACUCUGGUGCCCAUAGGGGCAGCUCCAUCUCCUGAAGAUGAAGGGGCCCAGGUGAAACUCAGGCCAGGCCCAAUGGCCAGCUCCGGGACGGAGGUCCACUGGGCCGAGUCAGGCCUGGGAAACGGGCCCCGGCGGAGGCGCUGGGCCUGGGCUGAAAAGGGAAAGGAUGCUGAUGGGAGUGGCGCAUGCAGCUUGGUAGAAGAGGCACCCUUUCCCAGUGCCACCAGCCCUGAGCUCCUGGAGGACUUCCGCCUGGCCCAGCAGUGCCUACAGCCACUGGAGUGGGGCCCGGACUCACAGCCUGAUGGGCGCCCAGAUCCUGAAUCAGGAGAGUCUGCAGAAGAGGAGUUUGAAGCAGAGGAUGUGGACAGCCCAGAGAGUUCCAACUUGCCACUCAGCUGGCCCCCCCAGCAGGAUCCUCAACUGGACAUGACUGAAGAGGAGGCAGAUGAGGCCGUGGGAGGCCCUGAGGUCCAGGAAGCUGGAGAGAGCUCCCCAAGGUUGGGGUAUGAGACUGAUCUCAGCUCGGGGGGCAAUGGGGACACCAGCCCCAUGGCUCUGGGCUGGGGUCAGCCCACAGGCUGGGUGGCUUCUGACGAACAAGCCAGUGGAGACAAACUUCCAGAACAUUCUGAGGUCAACCCAACUGUUGACUUCAGCUCUGCCAGGUCAUGGAGCAGUGGAACUGUGAGCCUCAACCCCCCCAGUGGCAGCCUGGAUUCUACCUGGGAGGGAGAGACUGAUGGCCCUGCGCCCGCUGCCCUGGCAGAAACUUCACCCCAGAGCUCCAGUCACCACCUCCUAAACCCGAACGAUAGAACUGGAGGAAGCGUUACUCUGGCGACGGCCACGGAAUUCCAGGAGCCCUCAGCCCCUCCAGCCCAGAGCGUCCAGUGUCCUGCAGAUAGAUGGAGGAGAGAAACCACCAGCCUCUCGUGCCCUCAGCCCGGGGACCAAUCCUGGAAGCGGACACGGAUAUCACCUAAGCCGCUCCCUUCCCGAUUCACCGGCUCCAUCAGCCCCCUGAAGCCUCCACCUAGGCCAGCUCGACAGGACAGGCCACCGCCCAGGCCGGGAGCCACUCUGGCUGGUCACUCAUCUUCUGAUGCCCCCAAGUACGGCCAGGGGCGGCUGAACUACCCGCUCCCUGAUUUCUCCAAGGUGGGACCCCGGGUGAAGUUCCCCAAAGAUGAGAGUUACCGCCCCCCCAAAGCCAGGAACCACAGCAGGCUGCCUGAGGGCCCUGCCAGGCCACUGAUCUUCAAGUCACCUGCCGAGAUUGUACGGGAGUUGCUGUCAAGCAGCGGAGAGGUCUGCCCGGGAGAGGACCCCCCUCCUACUCACCCCACCACCAGGGUACCCCGAGAAUUUCAGACGCCUGAACACGCCACCAAGCUGGUCCAUCAGCUCCAGGAGGACUACCACAAGCUCCUCACCAAGUACGCUGAGGCUGAGAACACCAUCGACCAGCUGCGCCUAGGAGCCAAGGUGAACCUGUACUUGGACCCGCCCCAGCCCAGCCACAGCAUCCACACGGGGACGAUGCCCCAGGGGACCAAGGUCUUGUCCUUCACCAUCCCACAGCCCCACUCUGUAGAGCGGUGGCCGGGCCCCGCCAAGGGCCUGCAGGCCUCUGAGGCUUCAGGGUGGCCAUCAGCUGAAGGAGACCUGAACCCCUCCUCGCCCCCCAGCACACCCGCCCUAGGGUGGCUUCCGGAGAACCCGGGCAUCGCCCAGGACCAGCCCUCAGCGGAGCAGGCCCAGGAGCUGACUUCUCGGGCCAGUCGGUUCCUGGCCAAGGUGGAAUCCUUUGUAGAACUGCUGCAAGCAGGACAGCUGACACCCCAGGACCAACUCAAGGUCUUCCAGCAGCUAAAGGCUGCCCACGUGGCCCUGGAGGAGGAGUAUCUGAAGGCCUGCAGGGAGCAGCACGUGGCCCAGCAGCUUGCCGGCUCCACGGGGACGCCCAGGAGAUUUGAUCCCGGCAGGGAGCUGGAGGCAGAGAUAUUCCAGCUGGGAGUUCGCCUGGAUGAGCUGAAGGGCCACAUAGACCAGAGCCAGCAGGAGCCUGAGCCAGCCGGGUCAGACUCGGCUCUGGACAGCUCCCCAGCCAUGCCCUCCCCCCACCAGCCAACGGGCCUGCCCUCUCCUUUGGAACAAGCCCCCACGCCAGCCAUCCAGACCCUCUGCCCUGAGCUCGACGCCAUCAACAUUGGCCCCCACCCAUUGCACGUGAACUUGGAUCUGAGCGCUACCAGCAAUGAAGUAGAGGACAGGCCGCUGGGCCUCCCGACCCCGCUCAGGCACAAGGAGCUGCGGGUGGAGCAGGAUUUCCACGGCCUCCUAGAGCGGUACCUCAGUGUGAAGUCUCUCCCAGAAGCCCUGAGGCUGGAGGAGGAGGAGGGGAAGGGGCAGGGCCACACCCUGGAAGUUGAGGGGCCGGCUUCAGCUCCAGGAAAAGCGGCGGCCACCAGGCUCCCCACCAGACAGCCCCCAGCACAGCCUGAGAGAAGUCACGGGGGCCCCCUCGAGGAAACCGUGGAGCAGAUGGCAUCUGUGAAGCCAGCAGACUUCCACGCAUCCGUGGCCAGAGACAGGCACCUGCAGGGCCUGGACAAAGCUGAGGCAGCUCCUUCAGGCCCAAGCAGGCCCCCCCCAACUCAGGGCACCAAGUCUGCGGAGUCCCACCAGAGCAGUCUGACCAGCCUAGAGGGAAGUGGCAUCUCUGAGCGCCUUCCACCGAAGUCUCUGUGCCAAGCUGGCGGGCCCCACCUGGAGGAGCCCUGGAUGGCAUCCCCCGAGACAGACAGUGGCUUUGUGGGCUCAGAAACCAGCAGAGUGUCACCCCUCACUCAGACCCCAGAGCACCGGCUCUGCCAGAUCAGCACCCGAGGGACAUUAGCCCAGUCUUUCACUCCGUCUGUGCCCCGAGAUGCAACCUCCCACCGCCAGACCAGGGGUCUUCCGGUACCCAGAAGAGCCUCUGAGCCCAUCAUACCCAGGAGCCGAGCCCAGAGGCCCCCACCUGGCCAGGACAGUCCUCUCGGGCAGAGGGCACCCAGCUUCUGCCUAGAGCGGGCACUGGCGGCUGAGAUGGUGGUCCCUGGCUCAGAGUUCAAGGGGCGAAAGCAGCUUUCUGAGCAGCUCCCCCACGGCGCGACAAUCAGCCCACCCCCGACCCUGGCCCCUGCAGCAGCCGCUCCACCCCAUGGGCCCGCAGAGACCACCUCCACCUUCCUCCGCACCAGGACGGGGCGAGACCAGGCUAUCCGUGAGCUGCAAGAAGAGGUAUCCCGGCUCCGUCUCCGGCUGGAGGACAGCCUGCACCAGCACCCCCAGGGCAGCCCGAAGCGCCCAGCGUCCAACUUUGACCACCCCGCCCGGGCCCGGGCCCGGGACCAGCCAGCUGAUUCCUCAGCCACUUGGGGCUCCCAUUAUGGCAGUAAAUCCACAGAGAGAUUGUCUGGUGAGCCUGGGGGUGCAGAGCAAUCAGUCCCCGCAGGAAGGAGGCAAGCCAGGUCCUCCUUGGUGCCUCGGGAGGUGCGUCGAUUGUCCCUGAGUUCCGAAUCUGAGCCGACCUCCCCCAGGCUGUUCUCUGAGAGGGGCAAGACCACCGAGGACAAUCCACAGGCAGCUCGGGAUAGAAGGAGAGGAGUGGGUAGCACCGGUCGGCCAGAGAGGGUCACCUUCCGGGGCCAAUACACAGGCCAGGAGUAUCAUGUUCUGACCCCCAAGACUGUCCCAAGAGGCAGUGGCCCAGUCUCCUGUCCCCACUGCCGACCCGCUAGGACAGAGGAUCCAGGUGAUGCUGGCACCAAGGACCCACUGGGACCAUCUCACACUGAGACCCAGCGAUGUCCCCUGUGUGGUCGAGUUGUGUCCUCCUCCAAGGGGGAGGGCCCAGACUCAGCCAGCUCUGCACCAGAAAUGGCUGCCACCAGGAGAAACGCAUCUUCUACCUCCAGCCCCAAACAAAGGAGCAAGCGGGCAGGGUCGCCACCCGGGCCGCCUCCUGCACUGUGGUAUCUGGCUGCCGCGCCCUCAGCACCAGCCCCUCCUGCCUUUGCCUACGUCUCCUCGGUUCCCCUCAUGCCUUAUCCAUCAGCCACUGUGUACUACGCACCUCCAGCACCUACCUCAGCCCCCUCGGCCCGAGCAGCUGCCGAGUGGCCCCCCGCAGUCUCCCCUCGGCCGGCCAGGAGACCCCGGCACUCCAUCCAGCUGGACCUGGAGGACCUGGAGGAGCUCAACAAGGCCCUGAGCCGAGCGGUCCAGGCUGCCGAGAGCGUCCGCUCCACCACCAAGCUCAUGAGCCACUCCCUGUCGGCCGACCUGCGCCAGGCCCGCGGCCUGCGGGGCUCCUGCCUCUUCUGACUGCGCUCAAGGCUCAGAGACGCACGGCAGGCAGGGGUGGGCAGUCCCCUGUCGCCCUGGGGGCCCCGCAGACCCUCAUGAGGAGGGCUCCCUCCGUACCGGCCCUGCCUGCUCAGCCUCCGUGUUUCCAAAACGGAAAGGGUAUCAGCUGGUCCUCCAGAGAAGUCACUUCCUAGGGACCAGCCCUGAAGAAGGUGCUGGGACUGAGGCCACCAUCUGUCCGGAUGCCAUCUCUGGGAGGCUCCUGGUCCUGCAUUUGUCCGUCUCCGGCUAACAAUAUGUAUUUUAUAUACAGAUGGACAGACUUCUUUUUUUCAAACUGAAGCAUUUUCCUGGUCUUGGAUCCUUCUUAGGAGGCCAGAUAAGAAGGGACAGGGCCAGGGUCUCUGGCGAAAACUUGUCCACCACCUGUAACCAGCCACUCCAGAGUAGGUGUCUCUGGGAAGGACAUGGCGGGGACCUUUCUCCUGGUGACUGGUGGUCAGUGGGGCACUUUGAGUCCAUUGGGAUAUCUCAGGAUGACACACACCCAGCUUCUCCAUGGUUGAGAGGCCUUUCCCAUGGGUCUGCUGGGAUAGAGACACCCCACGGAGGGCCCAGAAGGCCGUCCACCAUGGUCCCCCUCAGCACCUCAUCCCGAGACCCCCGGCUCUCCCCUGGGACCCCCAUGGAAUUGAGCCAGUGGCCAGCUUCCUGCCAGGUCCUUGUCUGUGGCCAUGAGGCCAGGCCAUCUCCUGCUCCCUGACCUUGUAGCAGCUCAGACUUCAGCUUUUCUGGAAUGUGUGUGCGUCAGUGAUAUUUGUAUAUUUGGGACAUUAAAAAAUCUAUUUUCGUUAUGAGAGCAAAUAAAGAAGAGUGAAUAUUGAUCUUAAGAAAUGAAA